AGAAGAGAGCACGGAAGCACAUGGUGACCCGUGUGGAAACAUAUUUAUCUGAACGCAGCUGGAUAUUUACACUUUUUAUUUUACUCUAACCUCCGGACUUAAACUUUUUGGUUUUCACGUCCUGUUUUAGUUUAUCCGCGUGCGGUGAACACGUGUGAUUUCUACAAUGGUUCGAGCUAAAAGGAUUAUAAAGCCGCCGAAAAUCAAAAAGACUGAGCGAUUCGGUGAAGAUGAUCCUGAAGCCUACAAGAACAUGCCUGUCCCUGAUAAGAAAUCGUCUCAGUACACAAAGGACAAAAUCGAUGAGUUUCACGAUGAGAAGAUUGCAAAACUUCUCGCCCUUGGGACUCAGAUGGGGAGUGAUUCAGAGGAAAUAGACGACGAGGAGGAGGUGAUGGCCCUGGAUGAUUCUGAGUCAGAGGAGGAGGAAGAAGAAGAAGAGGAAGAGGGGACAGACAUGGACAGUGAUUUAGAGGCGAGAAAAGAUGAUGACCUUCCAAAUGAAAUGGCAUGGGGCAAAAAGAAGAAGAUCUUCUACGACUCAGAUUAUACGAUCACCAAAGGGAAAUCAAAUGAAGUUUUGGAAGCUGAUGAACGAGAGGAGGAAGAAGAGGCUAAAAAUAUCCAAAACCGACUGGCUGCAAAUCUGAGCGAGGAGGAUUAUGAUUUAAACCUUUUUCAGGAAUUUGCUGACGAGGAUAAGGAUGAAAAGAAAACUGUUGAAAAAGAGGAGAAGAUAGUGAAGGACCUGAAGCAGAUGUCUCAGAAGGAAAAAUUGAAACUUCUUAAGAAAGACUCGCCAGAGCUGCUUGAACUUAUUCAGGACUUCAAGGCAAAGCUUACUGAACUCACCGAUGAGCUGCAGCCCCUCAUGCAGAUGGUCAAGGAGGGAAAGAUCCCACCAGGAAAAGGUGCUAACUACAUCAAGACAAAACAGCAACUUUAUCUCAAUUAUUGCACAAACAUCAGUUUCUACUUGGUGCUGAAAGCAAAACGAGUCCCCGCUCAUAACCACCCUGUGAUUGAGAGACUGCUCACCUACAGAAAUCUCAUCAAUGAGCUGGGAGAAGUGGAUGCUCGGCUCGCACCACAGUUUCACAAGCUUCUAGCUGGUGAGGACAAAGGGCCAGCAGAGGGCAAGAAGACCAGAGUCUCCAGUAAGAAGGACAAGGGUUCCAGAGAAACUAUGGCUGAGGUCGAGGAGGACUCUGACUCCGACCUGGACGAUGAAGCAGCUUUGCGUUUCUACAGAGAGGUGGAGGAGCGGUUGAAAUUGAAGAGAAAGAGCAAAAACCCAGAAGAUGAAGAGAUUGUGGAAGAUAAGCAGGAGAUGGAAGCGCUGGAUCCAGAUGCUAAGAGAGGAAUCACUUACCAGAUGGCCAAGAACAAGGGGCUCACACCCAAGAGGAAGAAGAUUGACCGUAAUCCCCGAGUCAAGCACAGAGAGAAGUUCAGACGGGCUAAAAUCCGCAGAAAGGGACAGGUCCGUGAGGUUCGUCGGGAGGAGACGAGGUACAGCGGAGAGAUGUCUGGUAUUCGUGCUGGUGUCAAGAAGGGCACCAAACUUAAGUAACCAAGAGGGAAUAGAACAUGUGCUGCAAAGCGUUGCCAUGGGAUUGAAAAAGUGUCAAUGGAUUGUUAUUGUGAAUUACAGGUGACUCUUGUGGUUCUGAAUCAUUCUGUCAGUCACUGUUGUAGAAAGUAUAUCAAAAUGUGCAGUUUCAAUAAACAUUUUAUAAACUG